AUGAAUCAGAAGAAUGACACCUCAACUGACUUCAUCCUCCUGGGGCUCUUUCCCUGGUUCAGACAUCCCAACCUCCUCAUCCUCAUUAUCAUCCUUAUCUACACUGCUGCCUUUACUGGAAACUCCAUACUAAUCCUGCUUAUCUGGCUGGACUCCCAUCUUCAUACUCCCAUGUAUUUCCUACUCAGUCAGCUCUCCCUCAUUGACCUGGCUUACAUUUCCUGCACAGUCCCCAAAACGGUUACCAACUAUUUCACAGGAAAGAAGAACAUUUCCUAUUUUUCCUGUGCUACUCAGCUCUUCUUUUUCCUCACCCUUGGCCUUGCUGAGUGCAUCUUGCUGACUCUCAUGGCUUAUGACCGCUAUGUGGCUGUCUGUAACCCCCUGCGGUACACAGUCCUAAUGAACCCCAAUAUCUGUCUACAGAUGGCUGCUGCAGCCUGGAUUGGUGGAGCCCUUGCAGCCCUUGUACACACCAUCUAUCCCAUGAACUUCCCCAUCUGUGGUUCCAGAGAGAUUAAUCAUUACUUCUGUGAGAUGCCUGCCAUCCUGAGAUUGUCUUGUAUGGACAUAUCAGCCUAUGAGAUGGUGAAAUUUGUGUCAACCAUUGUUUUUCUCCUGAUCCCAUUUAUUCUCAUCCUAGCUUCCUACACUCUCAUCUUCCUCACUGUUCUCAGGAUGAACUCUCGCAAGGGCAAGAACAAAGCCCUGGCUACCUGCUCUUCCCACAUGACAGUGGUGAGUCUCUACUUUGGUCAAGCUAUCUUCAUCUACAUGACACCCACCUUAGCCCAUACACCUGAACAAGACCAGAUUGGAGCUGUUCUUGGCACCAUAGUGACCCCCAUGCUCAACCCACUCAUCUACAGCCUGAGGAAUAAAGAAGUGGCAGGGGCUCUGAGGAAGUGCAUGAGAAAGUGUUACAAUUGA